AUGGAUGGACCAACAGAAAUCUAUGAGCAGUUUAAUUUAUGCAUAUUUCCGGAGAGAUUUUGUUUGGAACCAAGAGGCCGAGACGGUGGAUCAGUUUCAGAUACGUAUUUAGAAAUCGAUCGUAAUACGGGGAAACUGAAUUUAAUAAGAAAUAUAGAGAAACCAAUUCUUAUACACGAUGCUGAAGUGAAAAUUAUUCAUGGAAUUGUUGGUAUCGUUAGACUGGUAUCAGGAAAUGCUUUGAUAACUAUAACAAAGGCUAAUCUCAAAGGUGUUUUAACUGGUCAUGAAAUAUGGGCGAUAACCGAAACGGAAAUUAUACCAUAUGUAAAGACAACAUUACAUUUAACAGAAAAACAGAUUUGGUAUAAUCGACACUUUACUGAUAUGAUCCAACUUGUAUUGUCAACCGGUGGAUUUUAUUUCUCUCGCACUUACGAUUUGUCACAUUCAGCGCAGUGGUUAGCAGAAAAUGCUACACCUCUAUUCAAAAGACUUCCAAUGAUGGGUCGAGCAGAUGAACGUUUUGUGUGGAAUCGGUAUUUGUCGACCCCUCUUGCAGCCGUUCCCGAAUUAUUUCGGUAUGUGCUUCCCAUAAUACACGGCUUUUUUGAUAUCAGUCGUUGUAUUGUUAAUGGACAUGUCUUCCAGCUCUGUCUUAUAUCUCGGAGAUCUAUAUACAGGGCAGGCACAAGAUUUUAUAUGCGCGGCGUCAGUGCUAAUGGGCAUUCAGCAAACUAUAUCGAAACUGAGCAAUUAGUGGAAUACGAUAAGGAUAGCGAUCCGAAACAACGAUGUUUAACAUCAUUCGUACAGAUAAGAGGAUCAAUACCGUUGUUUUGGUCUCAACGACCAAAUCUUCACUGGCAACCGGAACCAAUGCUAAAUCCUGUUGAUGACCAAACCGAAGCUUUUAAGCGGCAUAUGAUAAUGCAGCGAAAUGUUUAUGGAGGAAAACAUGUAAUCGUAAAUUUGGUGAAUCAGAGAGGACGUGAAAAGCGUGUUGGUGGGGAGCUUGAUCGAGUUGUUAUACACACAAAUUUAGACUUCGUGAGACUCAAUGCAUUUGAUUUUCACAAAGAAUGUCGUGCAUUAGAUUGGGGUCGGUUGGAUAUACUCAAGAAACAACUUAGAAGCGAAAUUACAGAAUUUGGAUUCUUUGCAUCAUUUGUAAACUCUGCGGAACAAAUGCACAAACAGAAAGGAUUUUUCCGAACCAACUGCAUGGAUUGUUUGGAUAGAACUAAUGUUGCUCAGUCGAUGUUGGCCAAGGAAUCAUUGAAAGAUCAGUUAUGUUAUCUGAAGAUCAUCGGUAAUGGCUUCGAAGUGGAUAGUUACACGGAAUUGUCUGUUACUUUCAAGAGAAUUUGGGCUGAUAAUGGCGAUGAAUGCAGUCGUCAGUAUGCAGGAACGGGUGCAUUGAAGGCUGAUUAUACGCGUUUUGGUAGGCGAACUUUUUCUGGAGCGUGGAACGAUUGUAUGAAUGCAUUCACGCGUUAUUUCCGAAAUAACUUUGCAGAUGGUUACAGACAGGAUGCAAUCAAUCUCUUCCUCGGUAAUUUUCGGGUUGAUCCAAACAAUUUGCCAGCAACUUUUGAAACUACAGUACUUAAUUUUGACUAUCAUGGUGGUGCUAUUAUUGGUGCAAUUUUUGCAGCUGCAAUGAUUAUUCUUUGUGUAUUGGUAGCAGAAAAUAUGACAGCAACUAUAUUUUGGCUGGUAAUUUUCAUUGGAUUAAUGUUGUUCAUAUUCAUCAAUGGUGAGGAAUUUGUAAGCAAACCUCGAUUAAAAAUGGAUUGA